GAACGAUCGAUGCUUUCUUCAGUGCCCUGAGAGCCGCCAUUUUUGAGGGCGGGGGAAGAGAAACAAGCAGCGGCGGCAGAGGCUCAAUGGGAUGCUGACUGGGUUUUGCUUCUCGUCCCAGCCCUGUGGGGCCGGGGCAGAAGAACCCAUCAAAGCCCUUCCUCCGGCCGCCUCUCCGGAAUGAGGUCUCAGCACCCGCGGGGGACAGCACCCUUCCUCCUGCCUGAGAGCCCAAGAAGAGGCCGAAACCGAGACCAUGCCUGGGAAGCUGAAGGUGAAAAUCGUGGCUGGGCGCCAUUUGCCAGUGAUGGACCGUGCAAGUGACCUGACUGAUGCCUUCGUGGAGGUAAAAUUUGGUAAUACCACCUUUAAAACAGAUGUGUACCUUAAGUCACUCAACCCUCAGUGGAACUCGGAGUGGUUUAAAUUUGAGGUGGAUGAUGAAGACUUACAGGAUGAACCUUUACAGAUCACAGUUCUUGACCAUGAUACUUACAGUGCAAAUGAUGCCAUUGGUAAAGUGUACAUUGAUAUUGAUCCUUUACUGUAUAGUGAAGCUGCAACAGUCAUCUCAGGAUGGUUUCCAAUUUAUGACACCAUACAUGGUAUCCGUGGGGAAAUCAAUGUAGUUGUCAAAGUAGACCUCUUCAAUGAUUUAAAUCGAUUUAGGCAGUCAUCAUGUGGAGUCAAAUUCUUUUGCACAACAUCUAUUCCAAAGUGCUAUAGAGCUGUGAUAAUUCAUGGAUUUGUAGAAGAACUUGUGGUCAAUGAAGACCCAGAAUAUCAGUGGAUUGAUCGAAUUCGCACACCAAGGGCGUCAAAUGAGGCCAGACAGAGACUCAUUUCGUUAAUGUCAGGUGAACUGCAGAGGAAGAUUGGCUUGAAAGUACUUGAAAUGAGAGGAAAUGCAGUUGUGGGGUACUUACAGUGUUUCGAUCUGGAGGGCGAAUCUGGGUUAGUGGUGAGAGCCAUAGGAACGGCGUGUACUCUGGAUAAAUUAAGUAGCCCAGCAGCAUUCCUUCCUGCAUGUAAUUCCCCAUCCAAAGAAAUGAAGGAGUCUCCGCUGGUUCAUCCUCCAAGCCAUGGAUGCCGCUCGACUCACAACAGCCCAAUUCACACUGCUACUGGCUCACGACUUACUCAGAACUUCUCUGUGUCUGUUCCCACUCUCAUCUAUACUGGAAUGGGAAGUGGUAGUGCUGGAAAAGAAGGGGGGCCCUUUAAAGCUCUUUUAAGACAACAGACUCAAUCAGCUUUGGAACAAAGGGAAUUUCCAUUUUUUACCUUGACGGCAUUUCCUCCUGGAUUCCUUGUACACGUUGGGGGUGUAGUUAGUGCACGUUCUGUGAAGCUUUUGGAUCGCAUCCACAAUCCUGCCUUUGUCGGAAUUAUGGGUAACACAAGAUCUUACAAACUGCUAGACUGGAAUAGUUUCAAUUCAGAUGAACCAGAAACUCGAGAUGCAUGGUGGGCAGAAAUCAGACAAGAAAUAAAAUCACAUGCUAAAGCAUUAGGCUGUCAUGCUGUAGUGGGCUACAGUGAAUCAACUAGCAUCUGUGAAGAGGUCUGCAUUUUAUCUGCAUCUGGUACAGCGGCUGUACUGAAUCCUAGAUUUCUGCAGGAUGGCACCGUGGAAGGCUGUUUGGAACAGAGGCUUGAAGAAAAUUUGUCUACACGUUGUGGGUUUUGCCAUAUACCAUAUGAUGAACUGAAUAUGCCAUUUCCAGCUCAUCUCACAUAUUGCUAUAACUGCAGGAAACAAAAAGUUCCUGAUGUUCUGUUUACAACUAUAGACCUCCCAACAGAUGCAACAGUUAUUGGAAAAGGUUGUCUUAUUCAAGCAAGGUUAUGUCGCUUAAAAAAGAAAGCACAGGCAGAAGCAAAUGCUACAGCUAUCAGUAAUCUGUUGCCAUUUAUGGAAUAUGAAGUGCAUACUCAGCUAAUGAAUAAACUAAAACUCAAAGGAAUGAAUGCUUUGUUUGGACUAAGAAUUCAGAUCACAGUGGGUGAAAAUAUGUUGAUGGGCUUAGCGUCUGCCACAGGUGUAUAUUUAGCAGCUUUACCAACCCCUGGUGGUAUUCAGAUUGCCGGGAAGACUCCUAAUGAUGGCUCAUAUGAACAACACAUCUCCCAUAUGCAGAAGAAGAUAAAUGACACAAUUGCUAAAAACAAAGAGUUAUAUGAAAUCAAUCCUCCAGAGAUAUCUGAAGAGAUUAUAGGAUCACCCAUCCCAGAACCUAGGCAACGCUCAAGACUUCUAAGAUCUCAAUCAGAAAGCUCGGAUGAAGUUACAGAAUUAGACCUUUCACAUGGGAAAAAAGAUGCUUUUGUUUUGGAGAUUGAUGACACAGAUGCCAUGGAAGAUGUCCAUUCUCUACUUACUGAUGUUCCUCCUCCUUCAGGCUUUUAUAGUUGUAAUACAGAAAUUAUGCCCGGUAUAAAUAAUUGGACAUCUGAAAUACAGAUGUUCACUUCAGUAAGAGUAAUCAGAUUAAGCAGCCUCAACCUGACUAAUCAAGCUCUCAAUAAGAACUUUAAUGAUCUCUGUGAAAAUUUGCUCAAGAGCCUGUACUUUAAACUACGAUCUAUGAUCCCCUGCUGCCUUUGCCAUGUAAAUUUUACAGUAUCUCUGCCUGAAGAUGAAUUAAUUCAGGUUACAGUCACGGCAGUUGCAAUAACUUUUGACAAAAAUCAGGCUUUGCAAACCACAAAAACCCCUGUUGAAAAGUCGUUGCAAAGAGCCUCUACAGAUAAUGAAGAACUUUUACAGUUUCCACUGGAACUGUGUUCAGAUUCACUUCCUUCUCAUCCUUUUCCACCAGUUAAAGAACACCUGGAGAGUGCAAGUUCUAACUCAGGUAUACCAGCUGCACAGAGAGACAGAUGCAGCAGCUGGAUAGAGCUCAUUAAACUGAAAGCUCAGACCAUAAGGCGUGGAUCAAUUAAGACAACCGUGACAGUUGAAAAAGCAAGUCCAGUGGGUGAUGGAAAUUUCCGGAAUCGUUCUGCUCCACCUUGUGCAAAUUCCACAGUUGGGGUUGUUAAGAUGACACCUCUUUCUUUUAUUCCUGGAGCAAAAAUAACUAAGUAUCUUGGGAUAAUUAACAUGUUUUUUAUUCGAGAGACUACUUCUCUUCGGGAGGAAGGAGGAGUCAGUGGUUUUCUCCAUGCUUUUAUUGCUGAAGUGUUUGCAAUGGUGAGAGCUCAUGUUGCUGCGUUAGGAGGGAAUGCUGUUGUCUCCUACAUAAUGAAGCAGUGUGUCUUCAUGGAGAAUCCAAAUAAAAACCAGGCACAGUGUCUUAUAAAUGUAAGUGGUGAUGCAGUGGUUUUUGUUCGUGAAUCUGACUUAGAAGUGGUGUCAUCUCAGCAACCUACUACCAACUGCCAGUCAUCAUGUACUGAAGGCGAAGUUACAACCUGAGGAAAAUUAGGAAAAAAGAGUUCAACUAAAUGAAAUUCAUCAAUCUCUGUUAUUUUGUCAUUAUCUUCUUAGACUUAAAAUUGAACUUGAGAUAAAUAAGGAAGAAUUGAGUAGAUUUUAUUUGCCUGGAGUCUUUUGGAGGCAUGAGAAUUUUCUAAUCUUGACAUUUUGUUUGCCUGUUCUAGACAGGCCCUGUGGGAUCUUGACCCUUCAGUAAGUUAAGAUAAAUUUUUAAAAGAACUGUAGCAAAGAUGGAACCUUUGUAAUUUAUGUUGAUUUUAAUAAAAUCAUAAUUUAAAAAAUGAAAUGGGAAGAUUGUCAGGAAAUUAGGAUAGCUACUGUAGUAUAAUUUAGAAAAACUAAGCAAGAGAUUCUCCAGUUGUUAGUGAGUAAGCAGUCUGAUUUGAGAAAUGUGUGGGGACAAUGGAGAAAAGUUUUCAAAAAACUACUAUGUAGAUUUCUGAAUGUGUUUUAUUUUGAUGAGGAAUUUGGUAACAACUGAAAGGGAAAAGUGCUUCAGCCAUCUUUUGAAAACAAGUUAAAAUUCUGGAACUUGUAUCUGUAAUACAUCCUAACUCCUAUAAAAGAAAAUAAUCUGUCAUAGCUGGUGUCCUUUCACUGAAAGUUUUAAUACUGUCUCUAAGGAGAGAGGAAAAGAUUAUUAUAUAAUUUUAUAACUGGCAAUAUUUGAGUUAGUAUUUGGCUAAAAGAGACUUGACUUCAACUGGGAUGAAAAUGUCAGUGAAUUUUGUUGAAGUAGUAAAAAUACAGGUGACUUAGUAGGAACAUAAAAUUAUUUUCUAAUAAGAUAAUAUUGCACUCCUACCAAAUAAACAGGAUUUUAGUAAUAUCUGAGGGAUUUUUGAUGGUGAGUUAGACUGUAUUUGGCAUAGAAUUUGGAAAUGUAACUUGAAUGUAAAUAUACUGCAAAAUGUUGAAUGUAUACAUAGACUUCUUCUGUCGAUGCCAAAUACCUGUUGUAAAUGAACCUUAAAUAUUACAUUCCUCCUUUGCACAGUAAUAUUUCUUUAUAACACUUAUGAUUUUUCCUCCCAGGACAACAAACUGCCCUUAAGAGUCAUUUCUUUGUUAUCACAGGUGUCAAUAUUUUUCUGUAUUUUGUUUAUAAUUUUAUUUUUUAAAUAAAAAGUUUAUAAAAAUAAACUGGAA